AUAGAAUCAAGUCGAGUCGAGUGCAGGCUUUAGUUGGAGCGGCGCUGUGGUUAGUACAAUCCUUUCGCGUCACUCCAGUGUGGGGAGUCCUGCUCACAUCCCGCUGGUGCGGCAGAACCACAGAACGAGAGUGAGAGUGAGAGACAGACAGACAGAGAGAGAGAGAGAGAGAGAGAGAGAGAGAGAAAGAGAGAGAGAGGGAGAGAGCGGACGGACAGUUCAACUGAUGCCCUCGCUCCCCGCACAGGGACAGCGCCGCAAGCACCAAUUGCCAUGCCUGACAACUUUCCGACAUCAUCAGUGUUGGGACCCAGGAUGUAUCCGUCCGGAUACAUGUUCCAGCAGUGAGCGCAAUCCGCGCACCGAGCCCACGCUGAGAGUGCUGAAAGUAAAUUUAGCGACAGGCGUUGACAGAAAAUGAAAUUUGGAAGCGGCACAUUGAUCCUGAAUGUCGGGGGGACACGGUAUUCGUUCCCAAAGGAUGCGAUCAAGGACUUUCCCCUCAGAAGGGUGAGCAGACUUCACAGCUGCGCCUCGGAGAAAGAGGUACUGGAGGUGUGCGAUGACUACGAUCACGAAAGGAACGAGUAUUUUUUUGACAGGCACUCCGAGGCUUUUGGGUUCAUCAUGCUCUACGUCAAGUACGGGAAGCUCCGCUUUGUCCCUCACAUGUGCGAGUUGUCCUUUUACAACGAGUUGAUUUACUGGGGUCUGGACCGAUCGCACCUCGAGUACUGCUGCCAAAGGCGACUGGACGACAGGAUGUCCGACACCUACACCUUCUACUCCGAGGAAGAGGAAGAGUUGAAUAAGCAGAAGAAGAAGGAGUUAAAACACAGCCAGAUUGAUAGGAAGUGGCUGGACAGGAUGAGGCGGACCUUUGAAGAGCCCACCUCGUCUGUAGCGGCUCAGAUUCUGGCCACCGUGUCGGUACUAUUUGUAAUUGUUUCCAUGGUGGUGUUGUGCGCUAGCACUCUGCCAGAUUGGAAAACAGCCGAAAACAACAGUGUGGAAGAACACAGGUACACAGAAAAUUUAAUGGGACCAUCAGGGAUAAUCGAAGCGAUCUGCAUGGGUUGGUUCACCGCCGAGUGCAUUGUGAGGUUCCUCGUCUCUAAAAACAAGUGCGAUUUCAUGAGAAAGCCUUUGAACAUCAUCGAUCUGAUGGCUAUCACCCCGUACUACAUCUCCGUUCUCAUGUCGGUCUUCACCGGGGAAAACUCUCAGUUGCAGCGGGCUGGAGUGACGCUUAGGGUUUUGAGGAUGAUGAGGAUAUUCUGGUUGAUCAAACUUGCUCGGCACUUUAUCGGUUUGCAGACACUGGGCCUGACCCUGAAACGCUGCUACCGUGAGAUGGUCAUGCUCCUUGUCUUUAUCUGCGUCGCCAUGGCCAUAUUCGGUGCUCUUGCCCAGUUGUUGGAGUGCGGACUUGACCUGGAGGAUAAAAACGAAGCGUACGCCAGCAUCCCCGCUUCGUGCUGGUGGGUGAUCAUCUCCAUGACUACUGUGGGAUACGGGGACAUGUACCCGUUCACCGUCCCCGGCAGGAUCCUAGGAGGAAUGUGUGUUGUCAGCGGCAUUGUCCUCUUAGCACUGCCAAUCACUUUCAUCUACCACAGCUUCGUGCACUGUUACCAUGAGCUCAAAUUCAGAUCGGCUCGCUGCGGUAGGAGCUUCUCCAUGGAAUAUCUAAACUGACGGAGGGAGAUGAAGUAAGUGAAAAGAGAUCGGACCGGCACGGAUCAGUUGGGCAGAAUGGCCUGCUUCUGCGCUGUUGACUCUUUUAACCCAUUGAGAGUCCAGAGGUUGGGCCAGAACAGACCACCCAGGCUGAAGGAGAUUCAUGGCUGACUCGCCGUUGGCUGACUCGCAGAACUGCAUUGGGAUCAAAAAAUAUUUGCUAAACCCACAUCAAUCCUGGAAGUGUGACAACAUUGGUCAACCCAGAAAAUUCUCGUCAUUCAGAUGUUGAACAUAGUUGAGACCCUCUAAAGAUCUGAGGGAUUGCUAUUCAUCUCGAUUCUUUACACUGGCUCAAAGGCAAUUUAACAACCUGCUGGGCAAGGGGUGGGAAGAGAGAAUGCUUAAGGAGAUGUCCCCACCCUCCACCCCUCAAGGAGCAUUUUCAGCAGGCACUUUUCAAUCAAGCCAAUGGACCAAUAAAAACAAUUUAACUUUGAGCUACUGUCGGAACAUUUAUAGUUUGGCCUUUUCAACUCAUACCGUACACCUAAAAUAAUCUUCAAGAGGAAAAGAGCUCUUUGUCUCUUUUUGAUAGAACACUUUCAUGGGUCAUUAGGCUGUAGAACACACCUAGAGGAGUCAGUUAUGCACACACUGGGGAAAAAUAAUUAUCUGGACUGGUACCGAAUUUCUGGCAUCUUCAGCAUGACCAACUAGCAGCUGCACUUUCAAAGUUGGUGGUGGAAAAAGGUAAACUGUGGAAUAGUGAAAGGGUAAAGUUCAGCUAGACUGACCUGUCCUAGCUACAGAACUAGAAGAAAUAGUAACCUACUUCAGACGGUAAGGGUAGAGGGACGUAUUAUGACCAAGAAGGGACUAUCGUUCAAAUGUUUCUGUCAGGGUUGUAACAAACAUUGCAUUUGUACUACCAAACAAAUUCUGAGUCAUCAUAAAAUGCUUCAUGUUCUGAUCUAGGCAAGAGUUACUCUAGGCAUAUGAUAAGUAUAAUUAACACACAAAUAAUUAUUUAUUUCUGGGAACUGGACUGGAUCAGCUAUAUAAAAUUUAUCAAAGAAAUUUGCAAAAGGAAGUCAGGCGCAGGUUACAAUGUGGCAAGUGAUUCACCUGCUGACGUCCCAAAGCCUUUUCAUUGUGUGCACGAUAGGAGUGAUGCUACACUUGUCUGCAAGAGUCCAAUUCCAACAACAUGCAAGAAGCUGAACACCAUUUUGUAUAGAUUUUCCCUCUUGAUUGCUGCACCUAUCCAUGACCCCACCACCACAGUGUGUGCCGUCUGCAAAAUUACUGCAGUUAACUUGCCCGGAAUUUUCCAAUGAGUCAUCCCAACCCCUUGACCAGAAACACCAAGAAGGGCAAGGGCCUUAGGUACACAUGGACAUCACCACCUGCAUAUUCCCACCCACGUCACACAACAUAAUGAUUUGGAAAAUAAAUAUUGCUGGUCUUUCAUUGUCACUGUAUCUAAAUCCUGGAACUCAUUACCCAAAACAGUGUGGGAGUACCUUUACUGGAAUGAUUACAGCAGUUCAGGAAGGUGUCUCACUGCCUUCUCCUCAAGGGUGAUUAGGGAUGGGGUUUUUCAGUGAUGUCAAGGGGCUGAAAAAUUAAUUGAUAAAAUGUUGCACUCAGCAUCUAAUGUGAAGACUGGGCAGGGAAAGGAGGUACUGGACCAUCAGUUGCCGGAAAAAUCAGUGGUGGAUCUAUCGUUAGUUAAAUGUGGCAAAAAAGCACAAUGGAUUGAGAAAGUGGUUGAAAAAGCACAUUGGAUCCUGACUUUUGUACAUAGAGGUCCCAUUGUGCGGAUGGCCGCAGGAGCAGAGCCGAGCGCUGGCAGCUCGCUGUAAGUGUGUUGGGCUUUUUUGCAAGAGGGGUGUAGGAGAGAACGGCAGAUGCUGGUUUGCACUGAAGGUGGACACAAAGUGCUGGAGUGGCACAGUGGGACAGGCAGCAUCUCUGGAGAGGAAGGAAUGGGUGACAUUUUGGGUCGAGACCCUUCUUCAGACUCUCAGCUCUUAGGGCUAAUGGAAUCAUGGGAUAUGGGGAGAAAGCAGGAAUGGGGUACUGAUUUUAGAUGAUCCGCCAUGAUCAUAUUGAAUGGUGGUGCUGGCUCGAAGGGCCGAAUGGCCUACUCCCGCACCUAUUUUCUAUGUUUCUAUGUACAAAUGCAAGGGGCUAUAUAUAAAAAUGUAUAAAACAUUGAGGUAUGCAAGUGCUAGAGUAACUCAAUGGAUCAAGGAGCAGCUUUGGAGAACAUGGAUAGGUGGUGUUUGGAUCUGAAGAAGGGUCCCAACCUGAAACGUCCCCUAACCAUGUUUACCUGAGUUGUUGCCUGACCAGCUGAGUUACUCCAGCAUUUAGUGUUAUUUUGUGUAAACCAGCAUCUGCAGUUCCUUGUUUAUAUUUUCUAAAACAUUGGUUUGGACACAACUGGAGAACUGUGUCUGGUUCUGAGUGCUGCACUUUAA